GGCUGCGUGACGUCAGCGCGCCCGGUGGACGCGCCAAGUCCAGGGAACACGUGACUGUCCCCGGGCGGGCGGCUGCUCGGUGUGCAGGUCGGGCUCUGACAGCACACGACAUCAGCGUCGUUGUCCAGCCUCGGUCAGGCUGUGUCCGUGAACCUCUGGAGCAACGUGCGGACAGACUGCUGUGUGUUGUCGCCAUCCUGAAGUAAAUGAUCGAAGCCAACCCGUUGAUGUCUACAGCCAAAGAAGGGGCGACCAAAGAAAAACACAUGGCUUCUGUUGAACCAAUGGCCGUUUGUUUACCAGAAUGGAGCGUCGGCGUCAGGAAAUUCAGAUUUGUUUUCUUGAGCUCGUCUAAUUCAGUAACGUUGUGCCAAGACUUUCAGGUGGAGGAGAAUUUGACUCCCCUUUUUCUUGGUGCUGAUGUUGUUGCAAAAACUAGCAUUCGCACUGAAAAUCAUCCAAGAGUUCAUGCAAAAUUUGCAAAAAGAGGAUUGGCAACCAAGCUCUGUUUUAGUUCAGAAUUUCGAUUUGAAGGACUGAAGAUGCCAACCAUGGUAAACAGUUUGUGGUUUUACAGCAUUCAGGGGCUUUUUCGAAUUGCCUUUGAGAUGUAUAGUAAAGAACAACAGCUGGAUGUUCUUGUUGUCCUGCAGGAUUUGUGGAAAGCACGAAUAAGUGACCCUGUUCUGAAUGAAAAAUAUGAUGUUAAGUUUCUACAAAACUUCCUUGGCAAAGAACUGCUUGAAAAUUGCCUUCCUGAUAAAUGGAGCCACGAAGGUUCCUCUGCAUUACACCCAACCAUUCAACCUGAUAAUUUGUGUAGCACAACUGCUUCAUUUUUAGAUUGUACCUGCAACAGUAUUGCUAAUGAGGGUGAUCAUAACUACUGUGUACAAGAAGCAAGAAUUUUACAAGAAACUGAAGAACUUCAUAUAGAUAACUCGCUAUGUGAGGAGAUUUUGAGUAAUGAUUCUUUAUCUAUCAAGUUUAGAUCAAUAUUUCAGACUUUUAAAAUUUUACCAUUGGAAAUACAAAAGGAACAUGAAAAGUUAAUUAUACUGUUACUUGAUUUUGUUGAACUCCUAAUAAGUGAAACCAUAUCAGCACAGAAGUUGGCUGACAUGAUACUGCGACUUUUAACCAGUCUUAAAGACUUCAUUAUAAAGACAGAAGCCACUGAAACAGAGGUUGAUUCUAUUUAUUGUAGUCAUAUGCUCUACUCUGUAAGUAAAUGGUUAGGACAUCAGUUUUAUUCUGCUAAUGCCUCUAUCAGCAGGCAAGUAGAGGAGUUUAAAACAAUCCACAUCAAUAGAAUCACAGACUUGCCACCUGCUGAGGAAUUGGUAGAUAAGCUGUUUCCUGAAGCCAUGAAGGUUUUGCUGUUAAGCUGGAUGGGGCUUGAUGACAAUUCUGCCUCGUGGAAACUGCAAAGUGAAUAUCCAAUAGUGUUGCUUAUAUUAGAAUUUGCCAAUCAUAAUCUAAUCACUGGUGUUGCUCAUGUUUUAUAUUCUAGCUUAAUCUGUAAAUAAACUUUUGAGAAAGAUUUUGGCUAUUUAAAUUGGAUUUACUAGUUCAAGUAGCUUUUGAAGAAGUUAAAUAAUUUUUAGAGUAAAAAAAUAAUUUUCAGAGUGUACAUA